GCUCCUAGCUCUAAGCCCUGGAUCUCUCUUUCUCCCUGGGGCUGUCUGACCAGUUUCUGAGGAGCUAUCACGUCCCCGUGGCCACUGCAAGCGCCACGCGUAGCCAAGCGUAUCACAGCUCCUGAACAGAGGUGGAAGGUCAGGGGUGGAGCCCAACUUUCUUCUGUCCCGGAGAGAGAUCUGGUCUGCACUGCGUGCCUGAAGCUCUGGUCCUCCUUCAGGCCAUUGCGGCCGCCGCCCAGCCCGCAGCUUCAGGGUCUAAGGCAAAGUGCCGUGUCAUUGGGAAAGCUGGUGGCGGGGCAUUGAAUUACAAUUCCAUGGAGCUGGAGUACAACUGCGGGGGUGGGAAAUGAACAGAAUCCCCUGUUCUCCUCGCAACGCACUCUGACUAGCGGGGUGAGGCCGUCCGAGGCGGGGGCCCACUGGGGCCGCCUGGACUAGCUUGUUCCUCUUCAGGGCAACACCUGUGAGCCGGCAGCCAUUCAUCCAAGUCGGCCUCGCUCCUGGGGCGAGCCCUCCGCCUGCGCCUUGACCCUGCCCCUCCAGCUUAGCGAUGCUGCGAGUCUUCAUCCUUUUUGCGGAGAAUGUCCACACCCCGGACUCCGACAUCAGCGAUGCCUACUGCUCCGCGGUGUUUGCAGGGGUAAAGAAGAGAACCAAAGUCAUCAAGAACAGUGUGAACCCCGUGUGGAAUGAGGGCUUUGAGUGGGACCUCAAAGGUAUUCCUCUAGAUCAGAGCUCAGAACUUCUCGUGGUGGUCAAGGACCAUGAGACGAUGGGAAGAAACAGGUUCCUGGGGGAAGCCAAGAUCCCACUCCAGGAGGUCCUUGCCACCCCCAGCCUCUCUGCCAGCUUCAACGCACCUCUGCUAGACGCCAAGCAGCAACCCACGGGGGCCUCUCUGGUCCUGCAGGUGUCCUACACGCCACCCCCAGGAGCUGUGCCCCUGUUCCCACCACCUGCUUCUCUAGCACCCUCCCCGACACUGCCUGACAUGGAUCUGGUGCCUGGUGGGGGACAGAGCCGGGCUGAGACUUGGUCCCUGCUCAGUGACAGCACCAUGGACACGAGAUACUCUGGGAAGAAGUGGCCGGUCCCCACGGACACAGGAGGGGAGGAAGACACCGAGGACCAGGGCCUGACUGGAGAUGAAGCUGAGCCGUUCCUGGACCAGAGUGCUGCUGUGGGCCCAGGGGGACCGACCACACCCAGGAAGCCACCUUCCCACCCUCCUCCCCACUAUCCAGGGGCAAAAAGAAAAAGAAGCUCUGCCCCACCUAGAAAGCUGCUGUCAGACAAGCCACAGGACUUCCAGAUCAGAGUCCAGGUGAUAGAGGGGCGUCAGCUGCCUGGGGUGAAUAUUAAGCCUGUGGUCAAGGUCACAGCUGCUGGGCAGACCAAGCGAACUCGGAUCCAGAAGGGAAAUAGCCCACUCUUCAAUGAGACUCUUUUCUUCAACGUAUUUGACUCUCCCUUGGAGCUGUUUGAUGAGCCCAUCUUCAUCACGGUGGUGGACUCACGCUCCCUUAGGACAGAUGCCCUCCUUGGCGAGUUCCGGAUGGAUGUGGGCACCGUGUACAGAGAGCCCCGACACGCUUAUCUCCGGAAGUGGCUGCUGCUCUCCGACCCUGAUGACUUCUCUGCGGGGGCCAGAGGCUACCUCAAAGCCAGCCUGUGUGUGCUAGGGCCUGGAGAUGAAGCUCCCCUGGACAAGAAGGACCCUUCUGAAGACAAAGAGGACAUUGAAGGCAACCUGCUUAGGCCCACCGGUGUGGCCCUUCGAGGAGCCCACUUCUGCCUGAAGCUCUUCCGGGCUGAGGACUUACCACAGAUGGACGAUGCUGUGAUGGACAACGUCAAGCAGAUCUUUGGCUUUGACAGCAACAAGAAGAACUUGGUGGAUCCCUUUGUGGAAGUCAGCUUUGCUGGGAAAAUGCUCUGCAGCAAGAUCCUGGAGAAGACAGCUAACCCUCAGUGGAACCAGAACAUCACCUUGCCUGCGAUGUUUCCCUCUAUGUGUGAAAAAAUGAGGAUUCGUGUCAUGGACUGGGACCGCCUCACUCACAAUGACACUGUGGCCACCACCUACUUGGGUAUGUCGAAAAUCUCUGCUACUGGAGGAGAAAUAGAAGAGGAGCCUGCAGGUGUACUCAAGAGUCCACAAGCCACUGACCUGGACGACAACCUGGGCUUCCUCCCCACUUUUGGGCCCUGCUAUGUGAACCUCUAUGGCAGUCCCCGAGAGUUCACGGGCUUCCCAGAUCCUUAUGCAGAGCUCAACACAGGAAAGGGAGAAGGUGUGGCUUAUCGAGGCAGGGUUCUGUUGUCCCUGGAGACCAAACUGGUGGAACACAGUGAGCAGAAGGUGGAAGACCUUCCUGCUGAUGAUAUCCUGCGUGUGGAGAAGUACCUGCGGAGGCGCAAAUAUUCCCUCUUUGCUGCCUUCUACUCAGCCACAAUGCUGCAGGAUGUGGAUGACGCCAUCCAGUUCGAGGUCAGCAUUGGGAACUACGGGAACAAGUUCGACACCACCUGCCUGCCCUUGGCCUCCACCACCCAGUACAGCCGGGCGGUCUUUGAUGGAUGCCACUACUAUUACUUGCCUUGGGGCAACGUGAAGCCCGUGGUGGUGCUGUCCUCAUACUGGGAAGACAUCAGCCAUCGAAUUGAGAUCCAAAACCAGCUCCUCAGGGUCGCUGACCGCCUGGAAGCUAACCUGGAGCAGGUCCACUUGGCUCUGAAGGCACAGUGUUCCUCCGAGGAUGUGGACGCCCUGGUGGCUCAGUUGACAGAUGAGCUCCUUGCAGACUGCAGCCAGCCCCUGUGUGACAUCCACGAGAUACCUUCUGCCACCCACCUUGAUCAGUACCUGCUCCGGCUACGCACCCGUCACCUGAGCCAGAUCAAAGAAGCUGCUCUGGCCUUGAAGCUUGGCCAUAGUGAGCUCUCCACUGCCCUGGAGCAGGCCGAGGACUGGCUUCUGCAUCUCCGUGCCCUGGCCGAGGAGCCCCAGAACAGCCUGCCGGACAUCAUCAUCUGGAUGCUGCAGGGUGACAAGCGUGUGGCCUACCAGCGGGUGCCUGCCCAUGAAGUCCUCUUCUCCCGGCGGGGCCCCAGCUACUGCGGCAGGAACUGUGGGAAGCUGCAGACCAUCUUUCUGAAAUAUCCUAUGGAAGGUAUGCCUGGGGCCCGAAUGCCCGUGCAGAUUCGGAUCAAGCUCUGGUUCGGGCUCUCUGUGGAUGAGAAGGAAUUCAAUCAGUUUGCUGAGGGAAAGCUCUCUGUCUUUGCCGAAACGUAUGAGAACCAGACAAAGCUGGCACUGGUCGGGAACUGGGGCACAACGGGCCUCACCUACCCCAAGUUUUCUGAUGUCACAGGCAAGAUCAAACUACCAAAGGAUAGCUUCCGCCCCUCAGCUGGCUGGGCCUGGGCAGGAGAUUGGUUCGUGUGUCCAGAGAAGACCCUACUCCAUGAUGCUGACGCUGGUCAUCUGAGCUUCGUGGAGGAGGUGUUCGAGAACCAGACCCGGCUCCCUGGGGGCCAGUGGAUUUACAUGAGUGAUAACUACACAGAUGUGAAUGGGGAGAAGGUACUUCCGAAGGAUGAUAUUGAAUGCCCGCUGGGCUGGAAGUGGGAAGAUGAAGAAUGGUCCACAGACCUCAAUCGGGCUGUUGAUGAACAAGGCUGGGAGUACAGCAUCACCAUACCCCCAGACCGAAAGCCAAAACACUGGGUCCCUGUUGAGAAGAUGUAUUACACUCACAGGCGUCGACGCUGGGUCCGACUGCGCAGGAGGGACCUCAGCCAGAUGGAAGCACUGAAGAGGCACAGGCAGGCAGAGGCCGAGGGCGAGGGCUGGGAGUAUGCCUCUCUCUUCGGCUGGAAGUUCCACCUGGAGUACCGCAAGACAGAUGCCUUCCGCCGCCGCCGCUGGCGCCGCCGCAUGGAGCCGCUGGAGAAGACGGGACCUGCAGCUGUGUUUGCCCUCGAGGGGGCCCUGGGCGGCAUGGUGGAUGACAAGAGCGAAGACUCCAUGUCUGUUUCUACCCUGAGCUUUGGCGUUAACAGACCCACAAUCUCCUGCAUCUUUGACUAUGGGAACCGCUACCAUCUGCGCUGCUACCUGUACCAGGCCCGAGACCUGCCAGCCAUGGACAAGGACUCCUUCUCUGAUCCCUACGCCAUCGUCUCCUUCCUGCAUCAAAGCCAGAAGACAGUGGUGGAGAAGAACACCCUGAAUCCCACCUGGGAUCAAACCCUCAUCUUCUAUGAGAUUGAGAUCUUCGGCGAGCCAGCCAGUAUCGCCGAGCAUCCGCCCUGCAUCGUGGUGGAGCUCUAUGACCACGACACCUAUGGUGCUGACGAGUUCAUGGGUCGCUGUAUUUGUCAGCCAAGCCUGGAACGGAUGCCCCGCCUGGCCUGGUUCCCACUGACCCGGGGCAGCCAGCCUGCCGGCGAGCUGCUGGCAGCGUUCGAGCUUAUCCAGAGAGAGAAGCCAGCCAUCCAUCACAUCCCUGGCUUUGAGAUGCAUGAAACUUCAAGGAUUUUGGAUGAGCUAUGCACGCCUGCCUUCUUCCUGCAGGGCUUCCUUCGGACGAGCACGACGGAGGACACAGAUUUGCCUUACCCACCACCUCAAAGGGAGGCCAACAUCUACAUGGUUCCCCAGAACAUUAAGCCAGCUCUCCAACGUACUGCCAUUGAGAUCCUGGCCUGGGGCCUGCGGAACAUGAAGAGCUAUCAGAUGGCCAGCAUCUCUUCCCCCAGCCUCGUGGUGGAGUGUGGUGGGCAGACAGUGCAGUCCUGUGUCAUCAGAAACCUUCGGAAGAACCCCAACUUUGAUGUCUGUACUCUCUUCAUGGAAGUGAUGUUACCCAGAGAGGACCUCUACUGUCCACCUAUUGUGGUCAAGGUCAUUGAUAAUCGCCAGUUUGGCCGCCGGCCAGUUGUGGGUCAGUGUACCAUUCGCUCCCUGGAGAACUUCCUGUGCGACCCAUACUCAGCAGAGAGUCCAUCCCCACAGGGUGGCCCAGAUGAUGUGAGCUUACUCAGCCCCGGGGAAGAUGUGCUGAUUGACAUCGAUGACAAGGAGCCUCUCAUUCCUGUCCAGCUUACAGAUGGGCUGUCAAGCUUGGGCCCCACUAACCUGACGCCUUCUCCAUCCAGUCCUCAUAAGAUCCUCCUGGAGGAGGAGUUCAUUGACUGGUGGAGCAAAUUCUUUGCUUCUGUCGGGGAGAGGGAAAAGUGUGGUUCCUACCUGGAGAAGGAUUUUGACACCUUGAAGGUCUAUGACACACAGCUGGAGAAUGUGGAGGCUUUUGGAGGCCUGUCCGACUUUUGUAACACCUUCAAGCUCUACCGGGGCAGGACUCAGGAGGAGACAGAUGAUCCAUCUGUCAUCGGAGAAUUUAAGGGUCUCUUCAAAAUUUAUCCCCUCCCAGAAGAUCCAGCCAUCCCCAUGCCCCCGAGACAAUUCCAUCAGCUGGCUGCUCAGGGUCCCCAGGAAUGCUUGGUCCGUAUUUAUAUCGUCCGAGCAUUUGGCUUACAGCCCAAGGACCCCAAUGGCAAGUGUGACCCUUACAUCAAGAUCUCCAUAGGGAAGAAAUCAGUGAGUGACCAGGAUAACUACAUCCCUUGCACCCUGGAGCCUGUAUUCGGAAAGAUGUUUGAACUCACCUGCACUCUACCUCUGGAGAAGGACCUGAAGAUCACACUCUACGAUUAUGACCUGCUCUCCAAGGAUGAGAAGAUUGGGGAGACGGUCAUAGACCUGGAGAACAGGCUGCUGUCCAAGUUUGGGGCUCGCUGUGGGCUCCCACAGACCUACUGUGUCUCUGGACCAAAUCAGUGGAGAGAUCAGCUCCGCCCCUCCCAGCUCCUCCACCUCUUCUGCCAGCAGCACAGGAUCAAGGCCCCCGUGUACCGGACAGACCGAGUGACGUUUCAGGAUAAGGACUACACCAUUGAGGAGAUAGAGGCUGGCAGACUCCCAAACCCACACCUGGGCCCAGUGGAGGAACGCUUAGCCCUGCAUGUCCUUCAGCAACAAGGCUUGGUUCCUGAGCAUGUGGAGUCACGGCCUCUUUAUAGUCCUCUGCAGCCAGAUAUCGAGCAGGGGAAGCUACAGAUGUGGAUUGACAUAUUUCCAAAGGUGCUGGGCCGGCCUGGACCUCCCUUCAACAUCACCCCACGGAAAGCUAGAAGGUUUUUUCUGCGUUGUAUUAUUUGGAACACAAAAGAUGUGAUCUUGGAUGACCUCAGUCUCACGGGGGAGAAGAUGAGUGACAUCUAUGUGAAAGGCUGGAUGGUGGGAUUCGAAGAACACAAGCAGAAGACAGAUGUGCACUACCGCUCCCUGGGUGGGGAGGGCAAUUUCAACUGGAGGUUCGUGUUUCCCUUCGACUAUCUGCCUGCUGAGCAAGUCUGUGCUGUUGCCAAGAAGGAUGCCUUCUGGAGACUCGACAAGACAGAGAGCAAGAUCCCAGCACGUGUGGUCUUCCAGAUCUGGGACAAUGACAAAUUCUCUUUUGAUGACUUUCUGGGCUCUCUGCAGCUGGAUCUCAACCGAAUGCCCAAGCCAGCCAAGACGGCUGAGAAGUGCUCCUUGGACCAGCUGGAUGACACCUUCCACCCAGAAUGGUUUGUGUCCCUUUUUGAGCAGAAGACAGUGAAAGGAUGGUGGCCUUGUGUGACAGAGGAGGGCGAGAAGAAGAUGUUGGCGGGCAAGCUGGAAAUGACCUUGGAGAUUGUUGCAGAAAGUGAACAUGAAGAGCGGCCUGCUGGCCAAGGUCGGGAUGAACCCAACAUGAAUCCGAAGCUAGAGGAUCCAAGGCGCCCCGAUACUUCUUUCCUGUGGUUCACCUCCCCGUACAAGACCAUGAAGUUCAUCUUGUGGCGACGCUUCCGGUGUGCCAUCAUCCUCUUCAUCAUCCUCUUCAUCCUCCUGCUCUUCCUGGGUGUCUUUGUCUACGCCUUCCCGAACUACGCUGCCAUGAAGCUGGUGAAGCCCUUUCGAUGAAGAAGACAUCUGCUCUGGAGAAGGGGGUGCAGGCUGCCUCCUGGCCCAGGACUAGCUGCUCCUCCAUUGCUCUGGGGCCUGGUGGUCUUGCGCAUGUCCAUGGAGUUCUUGGGAAUCACGUUAUUUUCAUCUUCUCUUUCUCCCCUAACCCAACACUCCUCUGGAUAAACUCUUGGCUUUCUCAGUAUAAAGCAGACAGAACCAGAAAAUAUAUUGCUAUGUGUCUACA